UCAUAUUACAGAAUGAAUCAUAAUACAUUUCAGUAUGUGCUGCAGAACAUUCAAGACAAAAUUUCGAAACAGAACACAAAUUUUCGCAGAAGUAUAACAGCAGAAGAAAAAUUGUGUAUAACGAUAAGGUAUCUGUCCACUGGCAUCUCCUUUCAUGCACUAGCAUCGUCAUUCCGAUUAGGAGUGUCCACCGUAUCAGUGUUGGUGAAAGACGUUUGUAUGGCCAUAUGGGAGUCACUUGCCCCCAUUCAUUUACCAACGCCAACUGUUUCUCGAUUUAAAGAAAUUGCCAGUGAAAUGCAUACGAGAUGGGGAUUUCCAAACUGUGUUGGAUGUAUAGACGGGAAGCACAUACGUGUCCAAUGUCCUAAACUUUCUGGCAGCAUGUUUUACAAUUACAAACAGUAUUAUUCGAUUGUACUCCAAGCAGUUGCUGAUGCAAAUUACAAAUUUAUAGCUGUGGAUGUUGGUGCCUACGGUAAACAGUCUGAUGCAGGCGUGUUUAAAGAAAGUAUGUUAUAUAAGAAACUUACAAAUGGGGAGCUGUUAUUACCGCCACCAACAAGACUUGAAGGAAUGUGUCAGGAACUACCGUACGUCAUUUUGGGAGAUGAAGCUUACCCCUUAUUAGAGAAUUUGAUGAGACCUUUUCCUCGCAGAAAUUUGGACAACGAGAAGAUUCUAUACAAUGAUAUGCAUUCCAGAGCAAGAAAAGUUGUUGAAUGUGCAUUUGGUAUAAUGACCAAUAAAUGGAGACUACUGAGGAAGGAAAUUGAAACAUCCGUUGACGUAGCUGAUCACAUAGUCAAGUGCAUUUGUCUACUUCAUAAUAUUGUCAUUGACAGAGAAGGAUGCAAUGUUGAAGCUGAAAAGUUUUGUAACAAUGCUGAUAUGCAGACAGCUGGUGCCACAUUCAACAGAAAUUCCACAUUACGUUCGAAAACUGUCAGGAACACUUUUGUUGAAUAUUUCGUUAAAAAUGCAACUUAAAAUAAUUAAAAAACCUCUCAA